ACCAAGGAUGUCGGAGAGGUCGCAGUGGGAUCGCUGACAUCAUCCUUCCUGUGAUUACCAAACUUCCCAGCUGUGGGCUUCAGGCCCAUGCAGCCAUGAAGGCUCGGACGCUUCCUCGUUUGCUUGGUGAUUUUCUAGAAACCCUGAAAUGUGCCAGCGUUUGCAGAAAACACGGACCAGCUUCCUCUUCGGCUGUGAGUCGGAGCUGCUAGAAAGAUCAGGAAACCAGAGCCGAGUCCUCAGCUGGGAACGUUGGACGCGUCCACCAUGGCUCGGGUCGCCCUCCUGUGUCUGCUCGUGUCCAUCGGGCGCUGCGUGGGUCAGAGGAUCCUGUCAGAAAGCUCCGUGCACGCAGGUGUCGGAAGCAACGUGACGCUGAAAACGCCAAAUCAGGACCUGCAGAGCUCGGCUCUGUUCUGGCACUUCAAUGACGGGAAGGAGAUCGUAACCGUUGCCUCGGUGAGCUCCUCCACGCUCAGACUGAACACGUCCUACGAAGGCAGAGCGUGGAUUAAUGCAGCCAACGGCCACCUGACCCUGGGCGCGCUGACGCCGCAGGACAGCGGGGAAUAUAUCAUCACCAUCGUAUACAAACACGGUCAGAGCGACGCCGCAAAGAUACGCCUCACGGUCUCAGGGAGCCGGCACGGGGGAAAUCCACGCGCUCGCUCUUCACUCGUCACAUGUGGAAGCUCAGUUCUCAGCACGUACGGCCAAACCGUGUCAGGGCCAGGUGUGGCGGUCCCAGCUGCAACAAUGACAUCUCCACCCACCGGCACCACCCCCACGCCAGCGCUCCCUGAGCAGAUCACAGAUUACUUUGUGUCUCUGGUUGUGUGUGUGGUUGUGAUCGUCGUGCUGUCGACUGGCUUCCUGCUGCUCCUCUACAGAUGGAUGGAGAACAGGAAAAACAGGAAAUCAGAUGGAAGACAGGUGGAGUUACCUGCAGUCCAGCAGAAGAGCGGAGCUCCAGGAUCCACAUGUGACUCCACCUAUGAGACCAUGACUCCAGCCCCCACAGACCAGGACCACAUCUACUCCACCCUCACCGACAUGCAGUACAUGUCACAUGUGCGAUUCAGUCAGACGGACACAAUUUCCUGCAAAUCAGUAACAUCCCAGUAAAAUCCUGAAAUGUUUCCAUCACAAACUCAUCCACAGAUACGUUUGUGAUGUUUAUAACUGUAUAACUGUAAACAUCAGUUAUAAUAUUUAUCAUUUUCAAGUUUUUUUUAUUUGUGUAUGUUUGUUAUCACUUCAGUUUAUAAGCCCCGCCUCUCUGAGCUGUGGGUGUAAAUGAAGGCUAACCCCUGAACUUUGUCCUCUGUUGCUGCCGUCCCUACAGACGCUGGAUUUCACAUCACGUAUGUUACAUGAUUGUCACUAAUCUAAUGACUUAAUAACUUUUGCUACAAUGUGAUUAAAGAGGCCACUUUGACCAGCUUCACAUUAAAAGGACGUAAAUAAGAUUACACUAAAUAAUGACUUUUGGUAUCAAACAUAAUUAACCUUUGUAUUGUAAAUUCUUUACAUAGCUGAAUGGUUCCUGUUUAACUGUGUUUAAUAGUAAAACGUUGCAAUGCUUCACACUUUAUCUGAUUCUUGCUCCUGUGAGUGUUGCUGGUCUGUUGCCAUCGUACUUACUGACCUGUGAUCAUCUAAUCAACUAAAUCCAGCUAUCAGUAUGAGCACUGAUGCUGGAUCUGUACUAGUGUGCUACGAUCAAUACUUUGUUUCCAAGUCCAGCAUGCAGCUCACUGAACUGUGUUAAGUCAGUCAUUUCUUUGGAAAUAAAAAAUGUACGCCACGCAGUCACUAUAAAAAUCUUUUUCAU